GGGACAGUGGGAUGUGCCAUGUAAGAUUAUAGCUGUAUAUAGAAUGAUUCAGAUGUUCAAGGCGUUCAAGGUCAGUCAGUGGGUAGAAUGAGCUGAGCACUUGGGAAGAUCACCCCUCUAAGCUUUUUGCCACUGAAAUAGGCGUUCAAGGUCAGUUCGUCACGUUCAUGGUGCGUUGAUCGUUUUGGAUUCUGAAUGAGUCUUUCAGAACAUUUACCUGUGAGAAGCUUCGAAGCUUCAGAACCUGUGAGAUGUUUGUGAAAAACCUGAAGCCAUGGCGAGAAGGGUGAAUCAUUCACGUCCAGGCUUUUGCACAUCCACAGCAGAUGCGACCAUGGUGACCUGGAAAAUGGAACCGACAGAUAGACUCACAAAUAGCCCUAGAAAGGUACUUUGCUCAUGCCAUACGUACCACGAAAAGCCCCGUAGGGUCUCGACCAAUGGGUUUGGAAGCCUGAAUCGCAGUAUCUCACAUGUUGCCCAUCUGCCUGCACUGUGGACCAAGUCGUAGUUAGGUAGUUGUAGGUGCAACACAUCAUUUCCAUAGACGGUGACAGGAGCUUGUGGCCUCUGUGUCCAUGUUUAUGCUGCCUCUCUUGUGCAUUCUGAAGCUGCCAGUGCUAGGCGCACACACCGCUUCCAUCGAGGUGCAUGCGGCCGGUCAACUGAUAAGGCGCCAAGGUGCCAAGGUCAAUGAUGCAUCAGUUGACCGAGCGUUGAAUCAAGAACUGGUCCGGUCAACUGAUUCAAGUGGAAAGCUUGGUGACCAGUUAUUUUCUACAGAGAUCGAGUGUGACGAAAACCUGGACACAAACACCAGCAAGAACGUGGUGCUGGGUGUUGACCCCACCGUCACCAGCGAAUGCGCACUACAAGGUGGAAAGAGAGGCAAAGGCUAUUUGACGGAUGGACAUACCCGUGUGAACAGCAACAAGAACAAGAAGUAUUGGAUUAGUUGCGGCAAUGACAACGCGCCAGCUGCCACCUUAUCCUUCAACACCACCUGCGUCCGUCGCGUGAAGAUCUGGUCACGUCCCGACUGCUGCGCCAGCGAGGCCGCUGGGGUGGUAGCACAGGUGUGGGACGGUGAAGCAUGGCAGCAGUGUGGCGACACCUCCACGAAUGUCGGGACGCAAGCGGCCUUCACCUUUCAGUGUGGCAUCAAGGGCUCCAAGUUGAAGCUUUCCAGACCGGAUGGUUCUGGAAAGAUGUCUAUCUCGGAAGUGCAGCUCUUUGCGGCUGUGCAGCCGCCAUUCUGCAUGCUUGGCGACAUCAACAAUGGCACCAACCUGGCUUUGAACCGGACUCCCUCGGUGAGUUCAGAUUGCAGUCCCAUCGGCUCAUCCUCCAAGACGUAUUUGACAGAUGGAGAGAUGCCUAGCAACCCCAAGAAAUACUGGCGCUCCUGCAAAGCGAACAACCCGUCGGCCACGGUGACCUUCGCCAGCAGCAGCUGCGUGCGCCAGGUGGAGAUCUGGGCACGGGACCAAAGUGGAGGGACGCCCGCGGGCAUCAAAGCGAUGGUGCUCAUGGGCAGCGACUGGACCCAAUGUGGCAGCGAUGCACCUGCCCUGGGCAAGGGCGAGAAGUACACCUUCGAGUGUAAUUUGAUGGGGACGAAGAUCCGCUUGAAGAGGGAGUGCAACAACUGCAGGAUGCAUCUCAGGGAGAUGAAGGUCUUUAGCAACGCAGCAUGACCCAUUUCUUCACGGCGCGUUGCUGUGCUGUGCUGCUGCGUUUUGCCCCCCUCAAUUUGGAGGCAAAGCCAGGUUUUGGUGCUUUUCUGCCCAACUGCAGCAGUUGUUCUUGUCUUCGGUCGGUCCGGUUGGAACGCCUUGACCCCUUCAAUGCGGUGGAUGGCAAAGG